UUUCGUUGGAGGUGUAUACUGGGACUCGUAGUUUCGGCUAUUGGCGGAAGUGUUGCUGUGGCUUUUGGGGAUGGAGUGGUAACGCAAAAGGUAGACUUCCUUAAGAAACCGGACAGGACGGGAGACCAGGGCCGGGAACACCGGGUCCGGCUCUCUCUGCUGAUGCCUUAUGAAUCCCUACACACUUGUGGAAUGUAGAGAGUCUAUGAGCCCCCUCCGGAUAAGUGUGGGUGGUCUCCCUGUCCUGGCCUCCAUGACUAAAACAGCUGAUCCUCGUUUCCGGCCACGAUGGCGAGCCAUAGUGCUUUUUGGUUCCUGUAUUUCGUUGUUAUUGCUUUUUCUCUGUUAUCAUCGCUCCUCUAGUCAGCGGACGGGAACUCUAAAUGCUCACAACUGGAGGAAUGGACUCGCCCAGUCUGGACAACCAUACAAUGACACAUAUCCAUUGACUCCGCCACAGAAGACCCCUACAGGGCUCCGUUACCGGAUUGCUAUAAUUGCCGACCUAGAUACAGAUUCACGUAGCACCAAAGACAACACAUGGUUCAGUUACUUGAAAAAGGGUUAUCUGACCCUAUCAGACAGUGGAGACCAUGUGUCUGUGGAAUGGGACCAGGAGGACAUUGUUUUGGAGACUCACCUGGCAGAGAAGGGUAGAGGAAUGGAAUUGUCAGAACUGGUUGUGUAUAAUGGGAAGUUGUAUUCAGUUGAUGACCGAACAGGGGUUGUGUAUAGACUGGAAGGAAACAGAGCUGUGCCCUGGGUUAUAUUAACUGAUGGUGAUGGGACAGUUGAUAAGGGGUUUAAAGCAGAGUGGUUAGCAGUGAAGGAUGAGCUGCUGUAUGUGGGUGGAUUGGGGAAAGAGUGGACUACUACAUCUGGUGUGGUACUGAACAACAACCCUGAGUGGGUGAAAGUGAUUGGACCAAGGGGUGAUGUCCAGCACCAAAAAUGGGUAUCCAACUACAACUCUUUGCGGUCAGCAGCUGGUAUUAAACCCCCAGGAUACCUGAUCCAUGAGUCUGCGGCAUGGAGUGAUGCUUUGAAGCGCUGGUUCUUCCUGCCACGUCGUGCCAGCCAUGAGCAGUAUGAUGAGAAAGAGGAUGAAAAACGAGGUACCAACAUUUUGCUGCGAGCCUCCUCGGACUUCUCAGAUAUCUCUGUCUCUCAAGUAGGAACACCCAACCCCACCCAUGGUUUCUCUUCCUUCAAAUUCAUACCUGGUACAGACGAUCAAAUCAUUGUGGCACUAAAGUCAGAGGAAGACGGCGGCAAAAUAGCCACAUACAUCACUGCCUUUGUACUGGAUGGUCACAUCCUGUUGCCAGAGACUAAAAUUGGAAGUGUUAAAUAUGAAGGAAUAGAGUUCAUUUGAGCCAGUAACUUCAGGGAAGUGUAUGAACGUCCAUUAAAGAUAAUUGGAACUUAUUUGAAAUUCUCACAAACGGUAAAAUUUAUUUUUCCACAUCAAGCAUCAGCAAUUAAAAGCAGACAGCGAUCCAUCAUCUUAGUGGUGUAACAGAAAAAACAUCAAAUUACUGCAGCAUGGAAAGAUUUUAUCACCAAGAGUUUUAUUAAAUAAUGUUUAUAAUA